GGUCACAGUCAGUUGCUCGUUAGAUCAGCGUUCACUGGAACAUCUGGAGGGUCUAUAAACAUACUAAAGUCAUCAGCCUUCAGCUUGCUGCAGACAUAGUAGGCAGUGCGGGAAUCUUUCCCAAGUGCUGAUUUUAAAACCUGGCACAGCAGCAGAGAUUCAGAGAGGGGUGAGCAGGCCCUCUGCCUUCAGGUAAAAGAUCUACUGACAAUUGGAAAAUAUGUCACUGCAGAUGGUAACAGUUGGUAACAACAUAGCCUUAAUUCAACCAGGUUUCUCACUGAUGAAUUUUGAUGGGCAAAUUUUCUUCUUUGGCCAAAAGGGCUGGCCAAAGAGAUCCUGCCCUACUGGGGUUUUCCAUUUUGACGUGAAGCAUAACCAUCUCAAAAUGAAGCCUGCAGUUUUCUCUAAGGAUUCCUGCUAUCUUCCUCCUCUUCGCUACCCAGCCAUUUGCACAUUCAAAGGAAACUUGGAGUCUGAAAAGAAUCAAUAUAUCAUACAUGGAGGGAAAACACCAAACAAUGAGCUUUCUGAUAAAAUUUACGUCAUGUCUAUUGUUUGCAAAAACAACAAAAAAGUUACCUUUCGCUGCACAGAGAAGGACUUGGUAGGAGAUGUUCCUGAAGCCAGAUAUGGUCAUUCCAUUGACGUGGUGUACAGUCGAGGGAAAAGUAUGGGAGUGAUCUUUGGAGGACGAUCAUACAUGCCCUCUACCCAAAGAACCACAGAGAAGUGGAAUAGCGUAGCUGAUUGCUUACCCCAUGUUUUCUUGGUGGAUUUUGAAUUUGGGUGUGCUACAUCAUAUGUUCUUCCAGAACUUCAGGAUGGACUAUCUUUUCAUGUCUCGAUUGCCAAAAAUGAUACCGUUUAUAUUUUAGGAGGACAUUCGCUUGCCAAUAACAUCCGCCCUGCCAAUCUGUACAGAAUAAAGGUUGACCUCCCUUUGGGCAGUCCAGCUGUGAAUUUUACAGUCUUGCCAGGAGGAAUCUCUGUCUCCAGUGCAAUCCUGACUCAAACUAACAGUGAUGAAUUUGUUAUUGUUGGUGGCUAUCAACUUGAAAAUCAAAAGAGAAUGGUCUGCAACAUUGUCACUUUAGAAGACAACAAGAUAAAAAUCUCUGAGAUGGAAACCCCAGAUUGGACCCCAGAUAUUAAACACAGCAAGAUAUGGUUUGGAAAUAACAUGGGGAAUGGGAGCAUUUUCCUUGGUAUUCCAGGAGACCAUAAACAGGCUGUUUCUGAAGCAUUCUAUUUUUAUAUGUUGAAAUGCUGUGACAAUGAUGUGAAUGAAGAUCAGAAAACCUUGACAAACAGUCAGACAUCAACAGAAGAUCCAGGAGACUCUACUCCCUUUGAAGAUUCUGAAGAAUUUUGUUUCAGUGCAGAAGCCUAUAGUUUCGAUGGUGAUGAUGAAUUUGACACCUAUAAUGAAGAUGAUGAAGAAGAUGAGUCUGUGACAGGCUACUGGAUAACAUGCUGCCCUACUUGUGAUGUGGAUAUCAACACUUGGGUACCAUUCUAUUCAACUGAGCUCAACAAACCUGCCAUGAUUUAUUGUUCUCAUGGAGAUGGGCACUGGGUCCAUGCCCAGUGCAUGGACCUGGCAGAACCAACGCUCAUCCAUCUGUCAGAAGGGAGCAACAAGUAUUACUGCAAUGAGCAUGUGCAGAUAGCAAGGGCACUACAAACUCCAAAAAGAGCCAUACCCUUAAAAAAGCCUCCAAUGAAAUCAGUACGCAAAAAAGGUUCUGGAAAAGUCUUAACGCCUUCCAAAAAAUCAUUUUUUAGAAGACUGUUUGAUUAGUUUUUGCAAAAAAAAAAAAAAUUCAGAUUCUAAUGCAUUGAUUUUUUUUUUUUUUUUGAACUAGGGAUCAAACUCAUGAUCUCGCAGUUCACAGGCAAGCACUUAUGCCACUGAGCUAAAUCCUCUGCUCAAUGCAUUGAUUUUUUAAACAUUUUUUAAGUCACAAAAAUGAUAAGCAUAGGUCUUCAAUUUUGUUUAUCGACACGCAUAUGUUUUCUUUUUGUUAUGUGACUUAAGUGCUAAAUGUUGUAAUGUAUUUGCUAAAUACAGUUAUUCUAGGACCUAUACAUUUUUAAAAUCUUUUCCUUAAAGAUAUCUUACAGGAUAAUUUUUCACUUUAUGUUUUAUUAGUACAUAUUUGCCAUAAGUAUUGAUCACAUUCAUCAUAGAGAAUUUGUACCUGCACAUGAUAUAUAUUAAUUUUUUCUUUUUUCCAGUUUCCCUCCCCAACCUUCAACCCUGCACCUCCUCUCCAUUUAUAAAAUCUUUGUUUCAAUUUUUCUACUAUUCUACUAUUUCUAUUAAAUGAGAAUUUUAUUGAUUUUUUAUUCAGGAAAUCAUUAAAAAAGCAAUAAUAAUAAUAAAGCAUGUUUUGUAUCACUUGUAUCAUUUUUAGUAGCAAUGUACAAAGUAGUUAAGACAAACUUAACCCAAAGGAAGCUAACAUAAAGAAAUUAAUUUCUGUGUGUAAUAUAACAAUUUGAUAAUUAGCCAGAAAUUCAAACCAAGAUCUCAUGCUAGUGUUCUUUAUAGAUCUUUAAGUGACAUCUUGGGUAUACCCAUGAACAAAACAACUUAUGUUUAUAUAUAAUCUCCACUUACAUGAAAGAAAAAAAAUUUACAACAAUACAAUUUGAGCACAUGUUUUUGAAUUAUGGCAAUUCACUGUAUUGUCUUCAGAGAUUGCCCUUCCUAUAAUAUGAUACAUUGAUGAUGUGCCAAAGCCAGUACUUGGAAAUUUUAUUUGCGUGGACUUUCGUGAAGAAAAAGGACUCCAAUGAUAUUGAGCAUUCUGAGAGGAAAAAAUAAAUGACAGUAUACUGAUAAAUGAUUUCCAAGUAUGUCUCAUAGGCAAGAACAAUAUCUAUUAUUUCCUCAAAACAAUAAAAAUUCUAAAAUUUUCAUGAACAAAAUAGGCAGAAGAUUUCAAAUGGGGAUUUAAAAAUGUGUGUAAUGUGUAUGUGUCGAGCUAACAUGUGAAGUUUGCUAUCAGUAAAUUUUACAAGAUCACUGGUUUUGCCAAGGUUCAAUUAGAGACUCGGUGAGCAGUUAAACAUGCUGUUCAAUUUGAGGCUUUAAGGCUUUAGUUGAUAAUUAGAUGAACUUAAAAAUAAAUAUCUCUGUCUGUUUUUUCUGGACAAAUAUUUCACAUUAUCCUAAGCUAUUCAAUCAUAGUUUCUUAUUCAGCAUUAUUCACCAAAAUUCCAAAAUGUUUAACGUAGUAUUAACAAAGUUAGGAGGAACAGGAAAUGAAACCCCAAGGCCCAAGUUCUUUUUUUUAAUACCUGCGUAUCCCACAUACUGGAGUUCAACUGAACAAACCAAGUCAUGUUCUGUUUCUUUCGGUAAUAUUUCCUGAUGACUAUUCCGUUCAAAUAAUGUGUUGUGAUGUUGAUUUGAAUUUUUGUUCCAAACACCUAUGCAAGGAUAAUAAAAUGUGGAAGUCUUCUGCUUUUACUGAUUUGCUCAAGUUAAUAACAUUUGCAAUUACUCAAAUAAAGCUAAAAUUAAACUAA